AUGAACAUGAACCAGAUGAAGAACGCGUCCAACCUGCACGCGGCCAACGCCACGAGCGUCGUGGGCAACUCCAUGGCCAUCCCGGCGCGUCUGGGAGCCGCGGCGGGCGCGGCCAACGGCGCUUCGGCCGCGCAGCCCACCGCCGUGCCCAUGAACGUGUCGGCCGCGCAGCUCACUCAGAUGAACCUGAGCCACGUGCGCAGCGCGGCCUUCAAGCCGGCGGUCCCUGUGGCCGGCGCCAACGUGGUGCUGCCCAGCGCCGGCGCCGCCGCGGCCGUGCCCAACACGGCGGGCGCGGGCGCGCUGCAGCUGUCGGGCCGCUGGUCGCUCGACCGCGAGGACUCGGACUCGACCAACGACUACCUGGAGGCCAUGGGGCUGCCGCUCAUCGCGCGCCAGGCCGCCGACAAGCUGGACCUGAUGGUGAUCAUCAGCCAGACGCCCGGCGACUUCGUCAUCACGAGGCGCACGCGCAUCUUCACGGAGACCAAGCAACUCAAGUUCGGCCAGGAGGUCAACGUCAAGAACAACCUCAUCACCGUCACGGGCGACGCCGCGCAGAUCAAGACGGUCACGCAGCUCUCGGGCUUCCGCGGCGUGCUCACGGACGUGCGCACGCUGGACCCGCGCGGCCGCAUGCACGUGGAGCUCACGCUCACGCUGCCGGAGAAGGCGCCGGUUGUCAUCAACCGCUACUUCAAGAAGACGAGCGAGUCCACAUCACUCGAGAACCUGCCAGCGUUCGACAUUAGCCUCGAGACGUCGGGCGACGUCAAGCGCAAGCGCUAA